ACUUAUCAACUGUCACUGUCACUGUCCUUGUUCAGUCGUAACAAGAUUCAUUUUUUUUAGAAAAUUAAAAUCUUUUUUCCAAAAAUGUCGGCCCUAAUCCGAUUGAAUAAUCGCGCUGUCUUGCGAAACAUCAUUGCCCAAACGCGUUCCAUCAAAACAUCUCCAAAAAACCGUGAAACAGCUGCUGCUUCGCCAACUUUAAAUCAAGCCAAAGAAGACACAACCACCAAGAACAAAAAUUGGGUUAGCUGGGGAUUCGAUCACCACGAUGAAGCAACCGAUCGCAGCUCAACCAAAGCUUCGUUCUUCUUCUCUGUAACAUUGUGCAUUGUUUGGGGAACAUUCUUUUGGGCCUACUCACCCGAUAGCAGAUACCGUGAUUGGGCGCAACGUGAGGGAUUCCUCGAGUUGCGUCGUCGCGAGAAAGCUGGACUGGAUUUAAUAAGUCCUAAUUACAUUGAUCCCAGUGCUAUGAAUCUGCCAUCGGAUGAGGAAUUGGGAAAUACUGAAAUCAUUAUCUAAACGUGAGAAAAUAAAUGCCUUUACUUCGUGAACACACCGACCUUUGUGGUCGGCCUUCCGAUUAAUGUAUUUCCCUCAGCUUGGUAGUGAAUGUUAUGUAAUUGGAUUUUAAUUUUAACGAAAAAGCCGAAAAAACACUGUUGAAAAGAAUGUAUUGCUGGAUUUGUAAAUAAAAAGUGCAGCUUAUGAUACAUAAACGAAUAA